CGAGACACAACUUGAGCAUCAUUAUAUAUGACAUUUAAGCAAUAUGCAAUUCCUGUUUUUAAACUUCAACAUUUUCACGUGGAUUUGAGCAAGGGGACAUCUGUUGAUUUUGUCAAAGCUAAGUUUACUAAAAACUGAAAUUUCAUCAGUACUUACAUCGAUUCGUGAGAUUAUUGUUCAUCAUGUGGAAACUGCUGGCCUGUGUUCUCAUGGCCUCUGUUUUGCAGGCGCGUGAUCUGCGGACGAGACAAACUAUAUGCCCAAAUGUGUGCGACCUGUCCCGCUGCUCAUUUGCUCUAGAGUCUUGUUAUUUCGGCGUGGCGAAGGACAGAUGUGACUGCUGCACUGUGUGUGCGGCGGGAGAGGGGGAGUAUUGUGGCGAGCGCGGACAUGCAGUUUGCGGUCAGGGGAUGACCUGUGAAUAUCGCACCAGUACGCACGGCACGUGCGUGUGCGACUCCCACGAGCCAGUGUGCGGCAGCGAUGGGAGAACAUAUCCCAGUAUCUGUCGACUGAAAGCUGAGAACAGACGGGCUGAGAUGAGUGGCAUACCUGCAGUCAUUUUCAUCCAGAGAGGCCCCUGCGAGACCGGCUCUCGAAAUCCAAGCAGCAUGCGCUACAAAUUUAACUUCAUAGCAGAUGUGGUGGAUAAGAUUGCCCCUGCAGUGGUCCAUCUAGAACUGUUUACUAGACUUCCAUUUUCCAACCAAGACGUCCCUGUGUCCAGUGGUUCAGGGUUUAUAGUGUCAGAGGAUGGGUGGAUCAUCACCAAUGCACAUGUACUGUCCAAUAAGCAACAUAUCAAAGUGGAGCUGAAAAAUGGCAUGCUCUACGAUGCCACAAUCAAAGAUGUGGAUCAAAAAUUAGACCUUGCUCUCAUUAAAAUCGACUCAGAGACUCCCCUGCCUGUGCUUUUACUUGGUCGUUCUUCAGACCUGAGGCCAGGAGAGUUUGUAGUAGCUGUGGGAAGCCCGUUUUCCCUUCAAAACACAGUGACCACCGGUAUCAUCAGCACUACCCACCGAGGAGGUCAUGAACUUGGCCUGCAGAACUCUGAUAUGGAUUAUAUUCAAACAGAUGCCAUUAUAAAUUACGGAAACUCAGGAGGACCUCUUGUAAACUUGGAUGGGGAUGUCAUUGGCAUAAACACGCUAAAGGUUACGCCAGGAAUAUCAUUUGCCAUUCCCUCGGACCGCAUACGGCAGUUCCUUGCAGACUCCUAUGACAGACAAAGAAAAGGAAGAAUGCAGACUAAAAAAAGAUAUAUAGGAGUGCGAAUGCUUCAACUUUCAGCUGCUUUGAUUAAGGAGCUCAAGGAGAAGGAGAGAAACUUUGCAGAUGUGAGCUCAGGGGUGUAUGUGUAUGAGGUUAUUCCAGGGACAGCUGCCUUCAGCGCUGGCUUGCUCAACCAAGAUGUGAUAAUCAGCAUUAAUGGACAAUCAGUGCAUUCUACAGAGGAUGUGAGUCAGGCCGUGCAGUCAGACAGAGUUCUCUCUUUGGUGGUGCAACGUGCUAAUGAAAACUUCACACUAACAGUGGUUCCUGAUGAAGUGGACUGAAGCUUUCUGGUGCUAGUUUUUAUCUACGUACCUCCAAACAAUAUAUUAUCCACAAAUGUGCAUCACUUGAAAAGCAGUGGUUCCCAACCCU